ACACACACACACACACACACUUUAAACACCCUUAUGCCUUGCAUUCAAUCAGUUGAUCCAACUCUAUUUCACUCGAUGACACCAUCAUGGGAUCCUCAGGGCUGCUGACUUUGGGUCUUAUCCUAAGUGUUGCUCACUGCACGGAAAUUCUGGGUCCUGGUGAAGAGUCUAUCGAGAUCACACAAAACAUCAUGGCAGUCCUGGGAGAAGUUGUGUACCUGGGCUGUAGAUUUCUUGGCACGAGUAAGGUUGAGAGCGCCAGUUGGAGACGCCGGAAAAACUCUAGAUCUAGAACCAAGCCACUGGCAGGAUUUUCAAAAGAUGGGCCAUUUAGUAACUGAUGACAUCUUCUCAGAGCCAGACUCUCUCACCAACCUCUCAGUUAAGAUGAAUGUGUCCAGUGUGGAUGUUGAGGGAGAAUACAUCUGUCAGUUUGAAUCGGCGGAGGAGGAAUUUUUUGAGAGUGUAUUUGUCACUGUAGUAGCUGAGCCUGAUGUACAGGUCCUUGUGAACGCAGAGACCAUAAACGGCACUCACUACCAGUCAGUGUCAUGCUCUGCGAUCGGAGGUAGGCCCACGCCUCAGAUCAGCUGGUUGACAAAUGGUCUUCCUGCCUCAGAAUACCCCUUCACCGUGAGUGCAAAUAACACCACUCUCUCAAACGGCACAUCCUCCCUGAGCAGCAUCCUCCGCUUCCCCACCCACCUACAGGACGAGGACAGCGUGACCUGUGAGGUUCAACACCCGACCCUCCCAAACCCGAAACUCACCACAGUGAGGGUGGAAACUUAUGCGAAGCCAAAUGUGACCAUUAAAGUAGAGAUGGUACAACAAGGAGGAAAUGAGUUCUGGGUGGUCUCGUGCAUUUCAUCUGGAGGGAGACCUGACACUGACAUCUCCUUGGCUUUGGACACCGAUGAAGAGCUGCAGAGAGAAGACAGCUCAGACUCAGACAUGCAAACACUCUCAGUCUUCCUCCCUGUAACAGAGUAUGAGGGCCAUAAUGUCACCUGUUCGUUUGACCACCCCAAAUUUGCACACAGCGAGUCACAAGUCCAAACACUGCCAUCUUUUUAUUUGUCUAGUGUUCAGUUGUUGGACUCAGAGUUGGGAAUCAACAAUGACGACUUCCAAGACACUAAAACUUUAGAGCUAAAGGAAGGACAGAAUGAAAUUAUUGUCGGCCUAGACGUCAUUGGGAAUGUGCCACGUUACAAUGUUACCUGCAAAAAAGAUGAUGGGCCCUUGCCUGAGGGUUUGGAGCUGGAUGGCAGUAGCCUCAGAGUUCAGGGUCCUGUGGAGCAUCAGCAUGCUGGCCUGUAUGAAUGUGUCUUCUCCUAUCUCCAUCUUAAAGCAGUGCUGCAGAUCAACAUCACAGUUCAACCCCAUGUUAUACAGCCUGUUCCCCCGACAAUACGAGUUGAUUUGCAGACUAAAGAUGGACACAGGGUGAUUGAGUGCUCAGCAGCUGAUGCUGUUCCUGCAGCCAACGUAUCCUGGCAUCUACCAGAGGGUGUGUCUGGAGUCUCUUGGUCCAAUUUCACUUCUCAUAAUGGAAGCCACUCUGUCAGGGGAGUUUUUCUCCUCCCUGCCUGCUCGCCCUGGGAGCUCACUGCAGAGUGUGUGAUAAAUCACCCAGCAUUUGAGGAGCCAGAGAACAGAAGCAUAACACUCCCCCUUUGCGCUCGACCUAACAUCACCAUCAACUCUAGUACAGAGUUGAAAGGCAGUGUGCUUUUCACAAAGGUGGACUGCUCUGUAGACAGUGUUGCCUCAGCAGCAGCUAUAACCUGGCAUGUUGGAAACACUGACAACAGCAUCAACAGUUCUCUGUCAGAGCCUGAAGUCCGAGCCGACGGUUUGGUUUCAGCUCGUAGCUCUGUGCGCUUCUUGUCUUCUUUGUAUGCUGGUCAGAAUUUGACCUGCGUGGUGGAGCAUCCGAGCCUGGAGGCAUCAGAGAUAAGAACAAUACACAUUCCUGUGCACAAAGCCCCACUGCUGAGUGUUUCUGUGGCGAGACAGCGAGACUCUCAUCUCUGGCUGGCAGUGUGUGACUGCAAAGGGGAGGGUUUUGGGACGAACCUUGCCUGGGUCCUUCCUGAAAAUGUCAAAGGCCAAACAUCCCUGCACUCAGAGUAUGAAGGACGCGCCCUGAAAGCCAGGCUGACUUAUCAGUUUCCUCUGGACCGUCACGAGGGGCAGGAUCUGACCUGUGAGUACCGGUCUGAACAUGGGAACAUAGAGAAGAAGACCGUCCGUAUCCCCAGAUACUAUAUCACCGCUGUGAGAGUCCUGAACCACACCACUCCUCUGCAAAGCCGCUACGGGGGUGGACCCAUCAUACACAGACUAACUCUCCAGGAAAAUCAUCACAACCAGAAAAUACUGCUCCAAGUUGUGGGCAACGUGUCAGACUAUGAUCUCAACUGUAAGAGGAGCGAUGGCUCAUUCGUCCAUAUGGAGAGGCAUGCGAUGGUCUUCCAGUCACAGGUCACAGAGAAAGAUGCAGGCCUGUACAUCUGCUGUGCAUCCUUCUAUCACCACAUGGUCACAAUCAAGAUUCAAGUGGAGGUCAUGAGUGAGGACAAGCAGUUUGCGAUGGUAGCCAUUGGCUGCAUCUCUUCAGCCUCAGCCAUCCUCAUCAUCUUCAUCAUCACUCUCUGGGUGUGCUGCUCAAGAAAUAGCAGGACACAAUAUAAGAAGCCAGAGUCUCUCUCGGCCUUGACGGCCCUGAUGCAGGAGCCCGGCUCUCCCGAGGUGAAGAAGCCAAUGGUGACAGAAAAGGACAGUAAGGAACAUGCUCAGGUGGUCAACUACUCCAUAGUCAUUGAUGUGAAGAGCACCGUGUGAAGAUAAAGGUGCUUUACACAGCUUUGUAUACAGCGUUCAGCUUUACAUUGUGCACAAACUAGAUAUGAAGGCUUACUGGUACUGCAGCACUGUUCAUGAUCUCAGUUUAUCUUUAUGUGACUGUGGCAUUUCAGGUGGAAGAAUCCAUCGUUUAUGUACUGACACAUCAGUUCUAGUCCAAGUGUUUAGUUUUAAUUGAUCGGCAUUAAUGAUUUUAAAUGCAUUAGUUUUGCACUUUUUACUUGAAUUUUGUACUGUUUCUUUAAAUGCACAUUGUAUUCUCAGGUAUUUUCCAUCCACUCUCCUGUUUUAAUUUGUAACCAUAUGACUGAUCCACAACAAACACAUUUCCAGAUAUAGUAGAGGUGACUGACAAACUGGGCUGUGACUCUGCACGCCAUCUGCCCUUGUGGUAUCUUCGGUUGACCAAAUUAGUGAGGACAUCUGCUGUGACAAGAGGUGUAAUUCUAUAAAUAAAGUAUCAUACAGUAAACCAUCCA